GCAUGUUUGAUCUAGACUCCACUUCAGCACUCGAUGGCCCGAACGAUGCGAUUUGGUCUCCAGCUAUACGGAGUAUUCUACACAUCAUUGACCCCAGACUAGUCCUUGUCACUAUCAAAGGACGACCAAGCUAGUGAUCAUUAAAUCUCCUAUCGCGACUGGGGACUGGAGAUCGGAUCUGUGGUAUUUAUCAUGACUUCCAGGAGCAAACAUUGUCCUCUUUGACCCCUGACGAACCCCAACUCAAGUGAGGUUGCCCGCUAUUGGCAACUCGACGGUUCCCCAGAAUACCCUAUAAAACCACCCGUCGAGUAGUACAACGGAAAUAGCUACCCAAAAUUUAGGAACUUGUCAGGCGUGAGGGACCAUACUAUCCUUGAAUAUCGGUUGCUCAGUCAUGUUCCAACUUUCUUCGCUCGUGCAAAAGGCUCAGGCCUUCAUUGACCCGUCCAAUUUUCUGCUCCCUACUUCCUCCUCUGACCGAAAUCCUUCCAAGGCAUCUCUCUUCCGGCAGCAAUUCCGCCUCCCGGACUCCCAGAAUCCGCUCCAAGAAAUAAGCGCUGAGCUAGUCUUACCCAUCCCCUUCACAACACCCUCGCGCCCUACCCAAGGCACUAAGGAUGCGGAGCGACCAGGAAAUCGAUACGAAGGCAAUCUACAUCUGAGUGAGCGAUUCUUGUGCUUUUCGACUCAGCAUACUAGUUUUUUGUCAUCUGCUAGUUUUGGGGCUUCUUCAGCGUUCACGGGCCAAACACAUGGGACGGGGCCCUCUGGAAAUGGGUUUACAUUGCCUCUAUGCGCAAUUCGGAGGGUGGAGCGUUUGAACAGUCUUGGCCAUGUAUUUUCACUGGCAUUGACGACGUGGAAUGGAGCGCUCGUAAAGAAUAACGCGAAGGACACGUCGGCGACGCCACAACGGUUCACUGUACACUUGAUAGGGAGCAGACACGCAUGUGAACGGUUCUGCGAUGGGUUAAAAAAGGGCUUGAGAGAAGGAAUGAAAGAUGUGGAUAAUCUACGGAUGGUUGUUGCAGAGUGUCAUUCUGAGUACUUGCUCAGUGGGCGAGCGACUAAGUCUAGUGACGCUCCCGACCAGAACGAACAGCCAAGGGAACCCCCUGACACAGGUCUGGGAUUGGUGUUCAGGUAUCCUGGAGAUGCUCGGAAACUAAGAGAUCGAAGUAAAAUGAGGUUAUGGGGAGAGUAUUUUAGAGAAAACGGCCGUAACGCAACCCUGAUUCGUCAACCGACCUUCCACAAAUUAAUACGCGUUGGCCUUCCCAAUCGGCUUCGAGGAGAGAUAUGGGAGCUGACGUCUGGGUCAUUUUAUGCACGCAUCCGAUCCCCAAAAUUAUAUACAGAAACACUGUCAAAAUUUUCUGGACGCGAGUCCCUCGCUAUAGACGAAAUCGAAAAGGAUCUGAACCGUAGUCUUCCUGAAUAUCCAGGAUUUCAAAUCGAAGAAGGAAUUGGCCGGUUACGGAGAGUUUUAACCGCGUACAGUUGGAUAAAUGAAGAAAUUGGUUAUUGUCAAGCCAUGAAUAUUGUCGUGGCGGCGUUAUUAAUAUAUAUGUCUGAAACGCAAGCUUUCUUCUUGUUAUCGGUACUAUGUCAGCGCCUUCUACCGGGCUACUAUUCUACAACGAUGUACGGGACUCUGCUGGACCAGAAAGUUUUCGAAUCGCUUGUAGAAAAGACAAUGCCUGUUCUCUGGGAACAUCUGGUUCGAUCAGAUGUUCAGCUCUCUGUUGUGUCUCUCCCUUGGUUUUUGUCACUAUAUAUCAACUCCAUGCCUCUCGUCUUUGCAUUUCGUGUUCUAGACGUGUUUUUCUUGGAAGGACCAAAAGUCUUGUUUCAAAUCGGGUUGGCCAUCUUGCGGAUCAACGGCGAAGAGCUUCUUGACGUGACCGAUGAUGGAACGUUCAUUUCGGUUUUGAAGUCUUAUUUUUCGAGACUCGAUGAAUCAGCCCAUCCUCGCUCAGAAAAUCCUAAACUGAGAGCUAUUACACGAUUCCAAGAGUUGAUGGUUGUUGCUUUCAAGGAAUUUUCUGCAAUAACCCAUAGCACCGUUACAGAAGAGAGAGAUAGACACAAAGAUGCGGUAUUAGAAAGUAUCGAGAGUUUCGCCAAGCGGACAUCGAUCCGGAACUUGGGUCCAGAGAGCAAGCGCCUAAGUGUGGAUGACUUGGGCGCAAUUUAUGACCGCUUUUAUGAGAGAUUAUAUGACCAUCAGGAAAGAGCACGGAAAGCUGAGGAAGAAAAAAGACGAAGGGAGAAGGAGAACAUCACAGUUCGCCGUCGUAAUUCAAUCUUGAUGUCAAACCCUGAUGCUGAAAUAGCCAGAGUCGGCCUUGGCCCCAGCCCUACGCUUAUGGAUUACGACUGUUUUCGAGAAUUCCUAGCCGUCACUGCCAAAUGGGCGGCUACAGACUCCCCAACCUCUGGAAGUAUUUACUCCACUGAGAAAGGCGCAUAUUCUAAUUCAAGUCUUAGAGGACGGAGGAAAUCCUGGGAUUCUAGCGGCGCCAUACAGGCCGCCGACCACGAAUUCAUGAGGCGACUAUUCCGCAACUGGGAUGUCGAUAAUGUUCAGGGUCUGAGCCUUCAGAAUGUCGUGAACGGGCUGGCUCGUAUCAAAGGCACCAGGGAUAUCAUGAGCACAAUAAACUACUUUUUCGAGCUUUAUGACGACAGCGGGACGGGCCAGGUUGAUAGGGAAAGCAUCCUUAGGAUGUCAGAAGCGUUACUCUUCCUUUCGAGAAGGGGAUUUGAUGGCGCUUUGGUGUCCAGUGAUGCGGCAGAUGCUAACAACCCCAUAUCCGCUGAAAAGGGACUUGGAACUACCACAGCCUUAAGUGUCGAAGAGAAGUUCUUGGGAAGCGUUAGCGACUUUAUACGACGGUGCUUUGAAUAUGCGGAUCCAAGUCAUCCAAAGAACCAGGAGAAGACAACAAGUGAGGUUGAGAGCAAGCUGGAUGCGUUUGCCAUAGGAGAUGACGAUGACGACGACGAUGGACGCCUUAUAGACGUCGAAACGGAGCCCGUCGACAAGAAUAAAGAAAAUGCACAUUCUAAUAACCUCCCAUCCUCACCAAAAUCUACCACCCAUUCGCAACCUGGUACAACCACAAACCACAAACAAGCAUCUGAAUCCGCUAACCUCGCUCUCGACCCUGCCCACCCACUUCACAUCACGAUCCCAACUUUCCGCAUGGUAAUCCUCGCCGACGAACUUCUAGAGCAAUUCUUCGAGACAUUUUUCCCCCAAUCCUUCCGCCUCUCCGAGACUCCUGACGUCGCCUCCCUCCGCAGCACCUCGCUCUCCUCUAACCUCACCACUUUCACCAACCUCGGCGUAGGACGCCCUGGCGCUAGCACAGCAGCAAGUGCCGGUGCUACCGUCGCUGGAGCCUCUGGCGGCAUAGUUCCACCGGGUCACAAGGGCCUACGUGGAGUCCUAGACAAUAUAGUAUCUGACGGGAUGCGCAUGGCGGCGGAAGUACGCAAGAAGAUGGAUGAAGCGCAGCGAGAGUUGGAGGAGAGUGCACAUGCGGGGCGGCCGGAGGAUGACGACGAUGAAGAGGACGAUGGGAUGUAUGAUGAUAGUAGAAGUGGGCAUGGCCCGACAGUACCUGUUGGUGGAAGAUCCUCUGCGCGUGAUGCGGAUCGCGAUCUGUUGGAAGGGGCUGAGGUUGCUAGCUUAAAGGACUGAGAUGAUCGGGCUGGGGAAGAGGAUGUAAGUGGAGGUGGCGAUGGCGUUAAUCAUUUUCUCUAGAACCUCGAUUAUAAUAGGGUGCUAAAGCCAUUACUGGUGAUAUUGCGGGUAGAAGGAAGAGCCUCUUCUCCAUUUUAGGUUAUAUUUGUCCUUAUGAUGAAAUGCUAUUAGCUGGUCGUUCCCUUUCAUUAGCUUGUUUGGUUUAGAUAUCAACCCUGUUAUUAUAUCUCAAUUAUUUGUGUUAAAUAUUCCCCCCCCGCUAGAUUAUAAGAACCUUCCCGUCAAAAGGAGCUCCAUGCAUAUUCUUGCGAACAAACGGACGGGUCGAGCUGGAACGCUCUCCGCGUGAGUUUACCCCGUCAUUUUGCAGUAGUACUUUCGCUGGAUAGUCAAUUCCAUAACUGGACAUCGAAUUGGAUGA